AGGUUACAGGAGGAAUGCACAGCUGGUGACCGGCCGCUGUAUCAGUAACUUGAUGCUACCGCGAGGGGGCGCAUGCGCGCAGCGAUCGAACACGGUUAAAGACAAAGCUUGAACCUCAACCGAUAACUCAUCUCCUUUACCAGAGAUCGUGAACAGGUAACUGACGCAUCACAGCGCUGGAUUUAAUGGAAGUCUGCUGGAAAAUGCACGUUGAUCUUUACCUGGAGGAUAUAUUUUAACUUUUGACCCACUGGAAGAUACUGUGUUUGAUCUAAGUCAUACGUAACACAGAUUACCUUGAGGUUUGAAGGAAGAAAAAAAAAAAGAAAGAAGAGGAGGUACACAUAUUAGAUAAAGAAGAGGGUCUUCUAUGCUUUUGAUGUCAUCUGUAUUGUCUGGGAAGAUAAACGUGAAAACUGUAUUUGGUACUGAGUGAGGAAGAGAUUUGUUUUGAGUAUUUAAAACGACGAAGGAAAGAACAAUGGAUUUGAUUUCUUCUGUUUUCCUUCAUUGUCUUCAAGCUUUUUAAUGCAUAAAUGGAAACUUUGGCACCUGAAAAGUAAAUUAAAAAUAUGUAGUUUUAGUUACAUUAGUUUAGUUAUGAUGUAGUUCGGUGAUAGCUCACCCACUCAACAUCACGGGAAAACCACUAUGAAUCUGACCCCAGAUCAGCCACCAACCCUGCUCUACGACCUUCCCAGGGCAUUGGACCUUCAGCGUGAACCACAAAACAAGAGCAGGUCGGCUCCAGCCAGCUUCUUCAACAGCACCUUCUUUUUCCAGGAUAAUGCAGCUUUAGAAUGGCAGCUGUUCCUCACCAUCCAAGAGCCUGGCACCAUUAUCUUGACUGUCCUGUACUCUAUUUCCUUCCUUGUGGGUUUUUUUGGGAAUGUCAUGUCCCUCAAAGUCUUACUGGGCCAGCAUGGAAGCAUGCGACUGUCUGGUGCUAGCGCCACCCGCUGCCUGCUGAUAAACUUAGCGGUGUGCGACUUGGCAGUGGUUUGCGUGUGCAUGCCCGUCACCCUGGGCCACCGCAUCUAUACUCCAUGGGUGUACGGUGACUUUUUGUGCCGGGCGGUGCCCUUCACGCAAGCGGUGUCUGUUUCCGCCAGUGUCCUGAGCAUCACGGUCAUCAGCAUCAGUCGGUACUAUGCAGUUCACUCACCGCUACAAUCCCGCGCCUACUUCACUCGUCGACGCAUCCUCGCCUCUGUCACAAUCGUGUGGCUUGUCUCUUCAGUGAUCUGCAUGCCAGUCGCAAUAGUUACCAGGCGUGAUGAAGUAGCUUUGAUCGAAGGGCUGGCCAUCGUGUUGCCCGUCUGUGGAGAGGUAUGGCCUCAGCCGCGCUUGCGACAGGCGUACAAUGUCCUGCUGUUCAGCGCCCUCUACUGCCUACCUGUUGGGUUUAAUCUCACUCUAGCCUUCCUCACAUGUCGUCGGCUGCGUAGCACUGGUUCUGAGGGACGGUUCACAGAGUUGGACCCCCGUUCCCAGGCACUUCAUGAGACAAGGCUGCAGGGGCGCAGGCAGAUCGCACGUAUGGUCGCAGCUUUGGUGCUGCUCUUCGCUCUUUCUUGGUUGCCAAUGUAUGUGACUGAUAUUUGGCUGGACCGUGAGUUGCACCAUCCACCAGAUUGGCUCCUUCAGACCAGACCCUUUGCACAAUGGUUGGGCCUCACCAACUCUUCUCUCAACCCUUUUUGCUACUGCUUCAUUGGUGACCUCCACCGCUCAGCCAAGGCUUUGCGUUUGCGCCUCUGCGGCCCGUCCCCGGCCUCGGCAUUGGCACUGGCUUCUCUCCCGAAAAUAUUCAGCUUGCAGAAUCAAGAUAAAUCGCAAGCGGACACCGCCGACAACUCAACCAGCUCCUGCGGGGAGGAUGUUGGGAACCUGAAACUAUCGAUGUGGUGGACUCAAUCUCGCACAUGUGAGUCAAUGAGCUUGCCUUACCACUUAGGAAUGACUGAGGCAAUUACACUGGAUACAUAGCAGGUCUGAUUCACCGCUGUGGACAUUUGCUCUCGGAUGUGUUGUGCUUUGUGCUUCUAGAAAACUGGAUUUAAGGGUUAGUUUGCAGAGAAAUCAUUUACUUACUCUCAUGCCGUUCCAAACCUGCAUGUCUUAUUUUCAUGUGCAAAACACAAAGGAUGUUAUUUUGUUCAUAUAAUAAAAGUCAGUGGGGUCCAAACAACAUUUGACUUUGAACAAUGGCCACUGACUUUCUUUGUAUAGACAAAAAUAAAAGUCAGUAAGACAUUUUCAGAAUAUCUUCAUUUGUGUUCCACAAAGAAAAAAUCAUACAGGUUUGUAAUGUCAUGAUUUGAAUUGAAUUGAAUUCUCAUUUUUGGAUGAACUGUCUCUUCAUGUUUUGAAAAAUAAGGACUGAGGACAAAAUGGCAAUAUUUGUCUGAUUUUAUUUAACUGUUUUUUCCAAUAUUCUCAAGUGGGAAUGGGCCAGUCAUGUGUGAAGAUCGAGUGUCUUUCUACAUUUGUUGAAAUUGUUUAAAAGCAAAGUGAUUAAAAAUGUCAUAUUGCAGGUGGAGUAGAUGUAACUCUGUUUAGAGCUGCUGUAAAUGUGCUAAUAAUAUGUAAUAAUUAUCUUGCCAUUGAAACUUAUUAGGGUCUAUCAUAUGAAUCCAUAUUUUAAAGGAAUAAAGUGGUUCAAUGCAGAAUGUGUAAGGUCGUGUUGUUAAGUUUUGCCUAGAGCAGUGUCUUAAGAUAAACCAAGUUUAACGUCAUUAAAUGCUCCUCCUAUGACUGGCAGAGCGGUUUAAUUAAAAUGAUCAUCUGAGUGAAACCCAAACACAUACGCACUUACACCUACAGUCUUUGGUGAAGAAACACAUGGAAAUGUCUUUCUGUGAACACUCGCAGCUUCUCACCUCCUCUUCUAAAUGUGGAAACCAUCUGCAUCUCAAGUCAUCACCCUCUUCUAAGUGUUAUCUUACUGAAGUCAGAGCAGAAACUCUAAACUACACUACCAUUCAAAAGUUUGAGGUCUGAUUUUUUUAAAGAAGUUGAUCAUUUUAUUCAGCAAAGAUGCAUUAAAUUGAUCAAAUGUGACAAAGAUUUUUACAUUGUUACAAAAAUAUUUUGUUGUGAAUAAAUCCUGUUCUUUUGACCUUUCUAAUCAUCAAAGAAUUCUGAAAAAUGCAUCAAUGUUUCCACCAAAAUAUUAUGCAGCAUAACUGUUUUCAGUGUUGAUGACAUUGUUUGAGCACCAAAUCAUCAUAGAAUGAUUUCUGAAGGAUCACAUGACACUGAAGACUGGAGUAAUGAUGUUGAAAAUUUAGCUUUACCAUCAUAAAUAACAUUUUAAUAUAUAUUUAAAUAGAAAUCAGUCAUUUUAAAUUGCGGUAAUGUUUCACAAUAUUACUGUUUUUACUGUAUUAUUGAUCAAAUAAAUGCAGCCUUGGUGAGCAAAAGAAACUUCUUUCAGAAAUGUCUGACUGGUUGUUGUAUAGAAAUUAAAAUCACUUGAAAUCACUUGAAAAUUACACCAAAUUCGAGGUCACAAAAUAUUUUUUGGUUUGGAUAAUAUUUUUGGUUUAAUUUUAAAAUAAAUCUGAGACUCUAGCUUUUUUCCUGCACUACACUGUGAAAAAAAAAAUCGGCUUUGCACUUUAAUAUUCUAUGAGGAGGAAUGCCCUCUGGUGAAAACAUUAAAUAUUUUAUUGACUUGGAAAUGUUAUAGCAGCAGUUGCAUAAGAGGCUACAGU